AUGCAGAGCAGGAACUAGAAUAAAGGGUCUGCGUAAGAGGAAGCAAUGAAUCCUUGUUGAAGCAUCAGACGACAGGAGCUGUUGGCCAGAUGCUGCUGGAUGCUGACAAGGGAAAGCUGAUUCAGAGACAAGCGGCCAGAAAUGUUUGGACACGUCGUCACUUUGGAUCUGGCAUCUGAGUGAGUGUCCCUCUUUCAUGAAGCUUCAAAUUUGUCGUUAGGCUGGUAACUCGCUUUUGGAGCCACGCAGGUGGGAGAAUGUCAAGCACAGCUCCAUCAAAGAAGCCUUACCGGAAGGCACCCCCACAGCAUCGUGAGAUCCGUCAUGAGGUACCCAUCAUUCGUGACGACCAGGAUGGAGUGAUCUUGGCUGAGCAGAGUCAGGAACCCUUGACGGAUGCAGAAAGGAUGAAGCUCCUGCAGCAUGAGAACGAGGAGCUGCGCCGACGGCUGACAUAUGUGACUAACAAAAUGGAGGCGAUGGAGAGGGAGCUGGAGUCAGGGCAGGACUACCUGGAGAUGGAGCUGGGCCAGAACCGUGAGGAGCUGGAGAAGUUUAAGGACAAAUUCCGUAGGUUGCAGAACAGCUACACUGCUUCCCAGAGAACCAACCAAGACCUGGAGGAGAAGCUGCAUGCCCUGAUUAAAAAGGCGGAGGUGGAGCGCAAGACGCUGGACUGGGAGAUUGUAGAGCUCACUAAUAAAUUGCUUGAUGCCAAAACCACCAUCAAUAAGCUGGAGGAACUCAACGAACGCUAUCGACAGGACUGUAACCUCGCAGUACAGCUGCUGAAGUGUAACAAGUCCCACUUCAGGAACCACAAGUUUGCUGACCUUCCCUAUGAGCUGCAGGACAUGGUCAACAAGCAUCUGCACAGCGCUCAGGAGUCUGCAGGCCCUAGUCAAGAGGCAACCCACACCUUGGCUCCAUCUGAUGUGGUGCCCACCUCAGUCAUUGCCAGAGUCCUGGAGAAACCAGAAUCUCUGGUUCUGAAUUCAGCCAAGUCUAGCAGUGGCAGUUGUCCCAUGGCUGAGGAUGUCUUUGUGCAUGUAGACAUGAGUGGAGCCCCUCCUGAUGCCUGCAACAGCAUGGGGCAGAUGGGGAAGGAGGGAGGAGAUGCUGGGAAACAGCAGAAUGGUGGCUGCAAGCCACAGAGCAGCGUGGAAAGCAUGCUAGAGGAGGUGCCUGCCUUUGAGAAGCUAAGUCCGUACCCUACACCCUCGCCUCCCCACCCUAUGUACCCUGGGCGCAAAGUGAUUGAGUUCUCUGAGGACAAGGUAAGGAUCCCAAAGAACAGUCCCUUGCCCAACUGUACAUAUGCUACUCGCCAGGCCAUCUCCCUCAGCCUGGUACAAAGUGAAGAUGAGAGCAGCGACAGGCACCAGACGCUCCCCAACAGCCCUGCUUCAGAAGGGCGUCAUUCGGCAUCCAGCUGUUCUUGUCAGCAGUCCCCCAAAGCAGCCCUGGCUCAUGGCUCUUCCCAGAGUAGCCCAUUCAGCAGCCCUCCCCAAAUCCCGAGCGCCUUCGCCAGCUCUGCCAGCUCCGAAGAGGAUCUCCUGGCUAACUGGCAGCGUAUGUUUGUGGACAAGGCACCCCCUACCUCAGAGCGGGUGCUGAUGAACCGCACGGCUUUCAGCCGUGACACUGCCCCCGAGCUCCAGAAGAGGUUCAGCCGCUCCAUGCAGGAGCUAGGUAGGGCAGGCUCAGCUUACUCAGAUGGUGAAGAGUCUGCACAGAGCUGCAGCUGGACUGUGAGCCGGGACUCGAGUGUGGACACAGACAGCACCCGCAGGAGCCAUUUCUCCUCAGACUAUGGUACAGAUUUCUCCCAGGAUGAAGCUCAGAAGCUGUUGCAGGAAGGCGGUGGAGGCCCUGCCGAGCCUGGAAGCCCCUCACCAGAGAAGCACAAGGACUAUGUGGACCUUGGCUUGCCCGAGAGCCCAGCUGAGGAGAGAGAAAUGUUGCUCCAGGGAAGCAAAGAGAGCAACCAAGGAGGUGCCCAAGAAGAAAGUGGAGAAGGCAGGGUCAAGCCUCCCUUCAGUCGGCCACAUCGCAGCCCCAAGAGGAUGGGGGUCCACCACCUACAUCGCAAGGACAGCCUGACUCAAGCCCAGGAGCAAGGCAAUCUUAGCUGA